UGCCUCGUGUCACAAGUGUCUCGUGGAGCGUUCUUUGGGACUCGACUUAAGUACGAUGAUUUAAACGUGGUCCGGCGUAGGACCGCAUCCGAAAUUGGAGCUUUGGAAACCUCCACCUCGAGGAACGAAGAGCAGCCCGAGGUUUCCGACCCGAUCGCGAUGGAUUCGGCCGUCGAUCUAGUUGCCAAGACGGGAUCCGACGGCGGACACUCGCCGGACGUUGCCCCGCGCACGAAUCACCACACGGAGGACGGCGCUUCCCCUCCCCCGCCGCCUCCUGGUCCUGGUCCUGACGACCCCCAGUCCCAAAAGCAGUCCAGACCCCAGACCCUGCCGCCUGAUCCGACUACGAUCGAGACCCCGCCCGCCCCCGCCGCUGCCACGGCACCGGCUGAGUCGAACCCCUACGUCGCUCGCUCCCCCGCGGCGAACUCCUCCUCCUCCUCCUCGAAAAGUACGACGGAGACGGUGAAGAACGUGCUUAAGAGAUGGGGGAAGAAGGUCGGGGAGUCGGCGAAGAAAGCUGAGGAUUUCUCCAGAAAUACAUGGCAGCACCUGAACACUGGACCCAGUUUUGUUGAAGCUACCAUGGGAAGGAUUGCUCAGGGUACCAAAGUGAUUGCAGAAGGUGGUUAUGAUAAGAUAUUUCGACAAACUUUUGACACACUUCCUGAAGAGCAACUUAAGAAAUCCUAUGCGUGCUAUCUGUCAACAUCUGCUGGUCCUGUUAUGGGAGUUCUUUAUCUCUCCACAGCAAAACUUGCAUUUUGCAGUGACAAUCCUCUUUCCUACAAAGUCGGGGAUCAGACUGAAUGGAGUUAUUAUAAGGUUGUUAUUCCUUUGAAUCAGCUCAAAGCAGCUAGUCCUUCGGUCAGCAAAAUGAAAUCUGCAGAAAAAUAUAUUCAGGUUGUUUCCAUAGACAACCAUGAGUUUUGGUUCAUGGGAUUUGUGAGCUAUGAUGCCGCUAUCAAGAAUCUACAGGAAGCUUUUCGUGAUGCACAGGAGUCUCAACCAUAAUAAUGGUGGCUUCAAGCUUGAGGCCAUUUAAAAGCUUUACAAGGGACAGCUUGACAUCCCCGAGGACACUUGCCGUGACCAUCAGUGAACUCAUGAUCUGGAAUGUUUGGUCUCCAUCUAUCCAAUAUCUUGAGGAACAACAGUAUAAUUCUUUUAAUUUCAGAUGAUUUAAGUUGCCUUUAUGGGUGUGUGUUUGUCACUUGGCGUAAGUUCCUGUGUUCAUGAACUGCCCAUGUUUAGUUUUUGCAUGGAUUUGGUUAAAUUAUCGCAGUUUUAGUAAAGCUCUAUAAGUUGUGUCAUUAUCAGAUGACCUUAUAAGUUUCAUUGUAUCAUAUGACAGAAGAGCUAUUAAACUGCCCAUGUCCUCUGGAAGGUCAGUGCCAGGGCCCAAGAACUCGUUCUGGUGAUGAUGUAUUAUUAUCAUGAACUGGGUAAGGGUAUAUUUCUGGACUGGUGAAAUUAUAUUUGCAGUUUAUAUUGGCAAGAGUA